AUGGAACUUUUUAGCCCUGCGCCCUCGUCGACGCGCAUCGGUCGCACACGUUCGAUCCCCGUUGCGCCUGCUUCCCGGGAGGCCUCCGCUUGCCUGCCGCUCCCAUUCGUCGUCGUUUCUAAAGGAAAAUGCAGAACGGCUUUUCUUCUGGCGUGGGUCGCCCUUUCUGCGGUGCUCUUCUCUCUCGUGGACGCCGUCGAGCCCACGUCAAAAAAUCUGCCACAGCUCGACAAAAGCUCCGGGUUGACACGCCAGCACUUUAGGAGAUCCAUCCGCCCCCAUCACGUGCCGUCUGGAGUCGCCAGCAGCUUGGCUCAAGUGAAGGACGAUGAUUUGGACCUGGACCUCGACUGGGACGACGAUGACGCCGAGGGUUUUGAGUCCGAUGGUGAUGAUCUGGGCGACGGCGAGGUCGAUGAGGAUGCGUCAACAGAUGCCGAGAGCGAUGGCGAGUCUGACUCGGGCUUGGAGAAACCAUUCUUCAGCAAGUCUUUCAAUGCAGAUGAGAAGAGCUCCUCUAGCACCAUGCAAACGGAGAGACAAUCCGCAAGGGAUUUUUUGGGUACAUCGCCCCUAGAUUUUCCCGGCUUUGGCACCCCAUCAUGGGCACAACCUUCCUCUCCCUCCCAAGGCCAGGCCGGCGACGCCGAGCGAGGGACAGCCAGAGGAGACAGUCUGGGUGAAGCGCUUCAGGGAUCCAAGUCUGCGCUGUUUCCGUCUUCGGGUGCCCCAGGCGCAUCCGGGAGUAUGUACACCCGAGCCGUUGAAACCGCUCCUGCGACGAAUUUCCUGGGUGUCGGGUACGAUAGCAUUAAAGGAAAUCCCAUUGGCGAUCCGGAUAUGAUGGUUGACCCUGGCCUGCGGUCUCCAAUCAUCGUCUUCUCGUUCGAGCAAGACCAAGACGGCGUGACCAACGACUUGAACUUUCUACAGCCUCUGGGCGCGUAUACGCGUCCCUUCGCAGCCUGUCGCCAGUCCGAGAACGUCAGCGAACUGGACACGUUGUCAGAUUACCAGAAAGAGCUGAGUGUAGAUGCGUCCCUUCAGGGAGGCGAUCCGCUGGGAAUUAACAGCUUUUCGGGAUCAACCGGAUACAAAGAAUUCGCGCGGGAUGUCAGCUCGAAAUCAAACAAGUCAUUUAUGCUCAAGACGUACUGCAUUCGUUACGAAGCAGGAAUCGCCCAGACGGAUUCGUUCAAAUGGAACUACACACUUGCCUUCGACGACGCACUGGAGCAGUUGCCCACGACGUUCGAUGGAGCGGAACAGGACAGCCUUUGUUCCGUACAGCAGUGGCGUACCGACCAUAUGACAGACGCUUGCCAGCAAUCGAACAUCCCCAAAUGGAUUGGAUUUAUCGAACAAUUCGGCACGCACUACACUUCCCGCCUCUAUGCAGGAGGAAAGAUGACGUACCAGGUAACCAUGAAGUCUUCAGACGUUAAGGCCAUGAAGAAGAAGGGUGUCGACGUCAAAGCCGAAUUGAAAAUCAUGCUGGCCGGCUUCGGGAUGGGAGCGUCGUCGCAGACCAAGACCAACAACGAAUCCGCUUCGCAAAUGCGCAACCUGAACAUUGAAAAAGAGGCGCUUGUGAUUGGCGGCAAGCCCCCGGCGGACGUUUCUGAUCCAAAGGCCAUUGCUUCGUGGGCCAACUCGGUCGAAGCGCUUCCAAUGCCAGUAAAGCUCGAGUUGCUCCCGUUGCAGAACCUGCUUCCCGAAGACAAAAGAGAGGCAUUCAAACAAGCCGUCAGCUACUAUGGAAAGGCCUUUGGCAUGUCCACAAUGGAUCUUCAGUCACUGGAGGGCACAGCGCGGUCCAUUCAGGAAGUGCUGAAAGGCGGGACUCAAGUCGCCUGGGCCGGCGCCCCGCCUGGGUUUGCAAGGUGUCCCCGCGACCAGGUUGUUAUGUUCGGCUUCGCCAUCAGAAUGAACUUCAAAGUGACCAUUGGGGACCACCUUGCGAAGUACCACAUCGCUCCCUGCACAGCCGGAAGAGAGAAGUGCGAUGGGGUUGGCGCCGAGGAAGCAGCUGGCGACGAUGAACGAAUCUACAUGGUGUGUGGUCAAGAAGUGGUGAACGAGAUUUACCAGGUUGUCGCGGAGACCUCACCAGGAGAAAAGAUGGCGGUGGCCACUUGCCCGGAAGACACUGAGAUUGCUUUCGGUUUUGGUCUCAGCGUUGGGACGGGAUUCUACAGCUCCGAAAAUACCGAAAUCGAACCUUGCACGGCCGGCCAAACGCGCUGCACGAAGAGUGUGAGCUCGAAUACGGUCAAGGCUUUCGUGUGGGCCGUCUGUGUGGAGAAGUCUUUCCCAGGAAUCUCGCAAUUGAAUAACGUUGUUGAAGUCGGUUCGAGAGGGAAGUCGAACGCCUACAGGAAGAACUCGGAUGGCGUUGUUACCGUUACCUGCCCUGAAGAAGAAGACGUCAUUCUCGGCUACGCCCUGGAAGUACACACACACAUGCCGAAUGUUAGAUCGGCCUUCAAAGUGUGCAACCACGGAUCCAAUUCUUGUUCCAUGAACGGAGCAGGUGAACAACGAACUGUUUUGUAUGUUGACCGGCAUGCGCUCGUGGGGUGGAGUGUAUGCGCGCGCCGCAACGAAGAAAAGGCGCACGUGGCCUCCGAUAUGACCAAAAAUGCCAGCAAACAGCCGCAAUGA